AUGACGACGCCCGCGCCGACGUUGCCAUGCCCAUCGCAGGCCCGGCAAGAUUCGAUGCCUCGGGUGUCCGUUGACGAUGAUACAGCAAACAAAGGCCAUUUGUCUGGCGAUGGUGGCAACUGCCCCGAGUACAUGAACCAGGCGACCAUCGAGCGUCUGGGCCGGCAGCGUCCAGAAUCGCUGCGCAACCGGUGUACGGAAAUCUUCUUCGUCCACACCAUUGUCAUGUCCAUGGUGAUGAGCGAGUACUUCAUUGGCGGCUUCAACAUUGUGCUGCCCCCCAUCGUCGACGCCCUCGACAUGCCCGCGCCGUUGAGGACGUGGCCCGCGGGUGUGACGAACCUGACGACGGCCGCCCUCCUGAUGCCGUUUGCGCGGCUGGGAGACUUGUACGGCGGCAAGGUCGUCUUCCUCUGCGGACACUUGUGGCUCAUGAUUUGGUCUCUCAUCAGCGGCUUCAGCCAGAAUGCCGUCAUGCUCAUCGUUUGCCGCGCCAUGCAGGGCCUUGGCUCGGCCGCCUUCCUCCCCGCCGGCCUGGCCAUCCUCAGCCAGACGUACCGCCCGGGGCCGCGCAAGAACUUUGUCUUUGCCGUCUACGGGGCCUGUGCCUGCGUCGGCUUCUACUUUGGCAUCUUUGUGGGCGCCGUCACGGCAGAGUACCUCGAUUGGCGGUGGUACUUUUGGAUCGGCGCCAUGGUCAGUCUUGUCACGGCGCUGUCUGGCUUGAUUAGCAUCCCGCGACAUUUGGGACAUGUGAACCCCGAGGCGAGAAUGGACUGGCUCGGCGUCAUUACCAUUGUGCCCGGUCUCGUUCUUGUCGUCUUUGCGUUGACUGACGGCGGCUACGCCCCUGAUGGGUGGAAGACGCCGUAUAUUUGGGUCACGCUGAUUCUGGGCAUUCUCUUCCUUGCUGCCGCUGUGUAUGUCCAGGGUUGGGUUGCUACUCAGCCUCUUCUGCCUCCCGAUCUGUUCAAGGCCAAGUACAUGAAGCGUUUGAUGACGGCGCUGUUCCUGUCCUACGGCGUGUUUGGCCUGUAUUUGUUUUACGCCAGUUUCUAUAUUGAGACUGUCAUGCACACGAGGCCGAUCCUCACGGCCGCCUGGUUCACACCCCUGGCGGUCGGCGGCAUGGUGCUGGCCAUUUUAGGCGGCCUUGUGCUGCACAUCAUCCCGAACAAGAUCCUCAUGAUCAUCUCCACCAUUGGAUUCAUGCUGUCUGUCCUUCUGUUCGCCCUCAUCCCCGACCCAGCCACUCCCGGCAGGUCCACCGGCUUUCUAUACUGGGCGUACAUCUUCCCGGCCAUGAUUGCCGCCACCAUUGGCGUGGACAUUACCUUCAACGUGACCAACGUCUUCAUCACCACGGCUAUGCCGCUUCGACAUCAAGCCGCUGCGGGGGGGCUGAUCAACAGUCUGCUGUAUCUCGGGAUAGCGUUCUGGCUGGGAAUUGGGGAACUGGCCAUCUCGGUGACGGUGCAGAACAGAGGCGGCCACGACAAGGUCGACCCCCGCGAGCAGUACCAGAUUGGAUUCUGGACGGCUUUCGGCUUGGCCAGCACGUCUCUGUGCCUUGUGCUCACCAUCAAGAUGGGUUCCGCCGUGGCUAGCAUGACGGCGGACGAGAGGGCGGAGGCAGAGUCGAGACUGGUGCAGUCACGGAAAUAG